UGGAGAAACAAAGAGGGCAAACACCGUCACCCGCCCGUCAAAGGCAGAGAGAUAGCCACCGUAUGUUCCCGAAACUUCCACGAGAUUCUCUACUAUAGAGAAGAAGACGUCGAUAGAGGAAGAAAUACCCUUUCUGAUUAAAUUGAGGAAAAGUGAAGAAACGAAAGAGAGAAGAAGGAGGAAGAGGAGGAGGAGAGAUGGGUGUGGAUUACUACAAGGUUCUACAGGUUGAUAGAAGCGCCAGCGACGAUGACCUUAAGAAAGCUUACAGGAAACUCGCUAUGAAGUGGCAUCCCGACAAGAACCCUACCAACAAAAAAGAGGCUGAGGCUAAGUUCAAACAGAUCUCUGAAGCCUAUGAUGUUCUUAGCGAUCCUCAGAAGAGAGCUGUAUUCGAUCAAUACGGCGAGGAAGGGUUAAAAGGGAACGUGCCACCUCCCAACGCUGGUGGUGGAUCUUCCUACUUCUCAGCAGGAGAUGGGCCUUCAUCUUUCAGCUUCAACCCGAGAAGCGCUGAUGAUAUAUUCGCUGAGUUCUUCGGGUUCUCUACCCCCUUUGGUGGAGGCAGCCCGUUUGGUGGAGGAGGAGGCUCUGGUGGCAUCCCGUUUGGUGGAGGAGGAGGCGUUGGUGGCAGUGGAAUAGGGCAGAGAUUCGCUAGCCGCAUCUUUGGUGAUGAUAUGUAUGGCAGCUCGUUCGGUGAAGGAGGGGGACACUCUCAUCAUCAUCAUCAUCAUCAUCAUCAUCACGGUGCAGCUAGGAAAGUGGCUCCAAUAGAGAACAAGCUUCCUUGUAGCCUUGAAGAUCUCUACAAAGGAACCACCAAGAAGAUGAAAAUCUCCAGGGAGAUUGCAGAUAUCAGCGGCAAAACAACGCAAACAGAAGAGAUUCUAACGAUCGGAGUGAAACCAGGAUGGAAGAAAGGCACAAAGAUCACAUUCCCUGAGAAAGGCAACGAGCAUCCCGGAGUGAUUCCAGCUGAUCUCGUCUUCAUCAUCGACGAGAAACCACAUCCGGUGUUCACCCGUGACGGCAACGACUUGAUCGUCACACAGAAGAUCUCGCUAGCCGAAGCCUUAACAGGCUACACCGUCAACAUAACUACCCUUGAUGGUCGGACGCUUGCAAUCCCCAUCACAAACGUGAUCCAUCCUGAGUACGAAGAGGUGGUGCCUAAAGAAGGAAUGCCACUUCAGAAAGAUCAGACAAAGAAAGGGAACUUGAGGAUCAAGUUCAACAUCAAGUUUCCAGCUAGGUUGACUGCAGAACAGAAGGCUGGUUUCAAGAAGCUUCUUGGUUGAAUGAAAAAAUCAUUACAGCUUUUGCUUUUUGUCUUGUAAUAUUUGUGAUUCAAGUUGGAUUUUUGGUAAUAACAGAAAAUUUUCAAGUAUUCUUUCAAGAUUUGAUACAAAAAAAUGAACAUGAAAGUCUCUUUUGUAUUUUUAAUGGAAUUAUUAUUCUUUGGUUA